AUGGCAAAAUCAAUUGCGUAUCUACUUUUAAUUGGAGCUGUGGCCCUUCCAAGCAUCAUGGCAGAGAGAUGGGUUCAAGUCUGGAGCGAUGAGUUCAAUGGAAACUAAUUAGACAUGAGCAAAUGGUCAUACGAAACAGGUCCAGGAAAUAACAACCACGAACUUGAAUACAACACAGACAGAUCUCAGAACUCCUGGGUCUCUGAUGGGUUCCUUCACAUCCAAGCACUCAGAGAAGACUAUGGGGGCAGGCAAUAUACCUCAGCUAGAAUGAACACCAAUGGAAAGUAUUCAGUACUUUACGGGAAAAUUGAAAUGAGAGCAAAACUACCAUUCGGCUAAGGAAUGUGGCCAGCCUUCUGGCUUCUCGGUGACAACCUUAAUCAAGUCGGAUGGCCAGCAUGCGGUGAGAUUGAUAUUAUGGAGCUCAUUGGUAAGGACCCUAACAAUGUUCACUCCUCUCUUCACGCCCCUUCAUAUGACACCACUUAAAAUUACUGGCACCAAGAAGGAUUCGCAAAUGAUUUCCACACCUAUGCUGCUAACUGGCAACCAGAUAGAAUUGAAUUCUACGUCGACGGCUAACUCUUCCAAACAUAUUACAAAACUCAAUCCGGAGGUCACUGGCCAUUUGAUCAAGGACAAAAGUUCUUUAUUAUUCUUAACUUAGCUGUUGGUGGGGACUGGCCAGGAAAUCCAGACGGUUCAACUCAGUUCCCUCAACAGUACGUGAUUGACUAUGUCAGAGUAUCUGAAAUUGACUGGAGUGCUGAAAAAGAAACUCAGUUCUUGCAAUGA